CAUUCAUCUGUUGCCUGGGCAGCGAGGGUCCCUUCUCGUCCUACUUGCCGGAAAUUUUCGGUUUCAUAAUACAAUCUGCAGUCAAUAUGCGCUCCAUAGGCGAUUUAUAGGCGGCUUGGCUACCAAUGCAGCUAUGGGGCUGUUUAUCGAAACAUUCUUCGGCGCAUACAUCUGUUGGCAGCAUCUUGAUUAACAGAUAAAGAUGAAAGACGACUUUAAACAUAUACCCUCUUGUCUAAUCUGGGUUUGAGACUCCUUUUCUGAGCUACUGCGAUGGCCGUUGACAACCCACUCUUUGGAUCUUCGCCUGCGCAUGGCAGUUCAUCGUUAUCUGAGCGGUGGUCACGAAUUAACGUCUUCCGUCAUCGGCCUUUCCGGCUGAAACAACUCGUUCUGCUUAUUGCAACUUUCACCAUCUGCUGUUCGUACGCGUUCUUCUCUAGGCAUGAAAGUGGCGAUCAGCUCCACAGCUGGUCUGCUGAAGACGACUACGUACCCCCAAUGCCGGCUGCACAUGUGCUGAAGCACGGUCACGGCGGGCUUAGAUCCCCCGCUUCGCAUGCUCGGCCCAUGCAAAUUUCCGAUGGAAAUCCACUCGAUAAUCCCGCCGUAUCAGCUACUGCGGAGCCUAUCGUAUUCUCCUUCAUAAUGUUCUCGGAGGACUCGGCCAAUGAAGGUGCCAUACUGAUAAAGUCCAUCCUAAUGUACACAUCUAAACCUGUCGAAUUUCACAUCAUUUGCGACGAGCCAGCAAAGGCGUACCUCGAGGGCCGUUUACGACUCGUUAAACAACCCACACACGACAUCACCGUCCGAUUUUAUCUCCUCUCGUGGUCCGCCAUGCUCGCACGGAUAGAACGAGAAGGCACCAUCACGUCCGACCACUCCGCCGGCACGCCGGGGCUCAUGAAACUCUUCAUCCACGAGAUCCUCCCCGCCUCCGUCCCCCGCGUGAUCUACAUCGACACCGACGCACUCUUCAUCUCCGACCCCGCUCUCCUCUGGGACGUCUUUUCCCACCUCAAGCCGCGCACCGCCCUCGCGAUCCCCACCCACCCGGACCAGCACGCCCCGCAAUGGAACCACGCAAACCGCAUCUGCUCCUGCAUCAUGCUGCUCGACCUCGCGCGCCUCCGCGCGCUCCGCCUCAUGCGCUCGUCCGCCGACCCCGACCCCGCGCCGCCUGCGCUCGGUCCGCAGGCGUUCGAGGCGAUGUACGGCGGGCCGGGGGAGGACGGGCACUUUCGGGACGUCAAGCUGGGCGACCAGGGGUAUUGGUGGGCGAUCGUGAGUCAUCGGCCGGAUGUCGUGGAGCAUUUGCCACUUGCGUGGGAGGUCUCGAGCUGCUUGAUGGAUAUGUACGCGACGGGCCUCGGAGAGGACGACAUGUCAGAGGAGCGGCAGCUCGCGAUGCAGGUUCACAUUGAGGACACGCCGGAAGACGGGCGUGCGGUGCUUCCGAAGAUGUUGCAUUUUAACUGCUUGGAUGGCACGCCGCAUUAUUAUGAGUGGGAGGGCUGGGCGGACCCCACGAACCGCCUCACGCAGCGGUGGUGGCCGGCAGUGCAGUACCACGUUGGCUUCAAGUGGAUAUGGCUGAACGCUCACCGCCCGAUGGGCACGCUCAAGAUCGAGACGGUGGAAACGGUCGUGUUUGCUGACGAGCGAGCCUCGCGGCAAGCAGAGUCAUGAUUGAAUGUGAAUCAUGUCCGUGGGUCACCUUAAUGUAAUCAGGUAAUAUUCUAUUAUACAAUGAGCCAUUACAGGGAUCUGACGGGAGCCGUAUCGUGCAACGAGGCAUGUAGAAACGACAUUCAGAAUUUCUUCUUGAACUCGGCAUCGAUAUCCUGCCUUCUGCAGAGCGAGACUGCGAAUUUAUCCGCCCCAAUCUGCAAUGUCAAUCCAGUACUCGAACCCUUAUUCUUUAGGACUGAUGAACACAACAGACCGCGACUGAGGGUGUUCCGUGCUUGGCUGACGAUCCUCUGAAGGUGCAAAGGCUUUGGCCAGUAUGCGAUGCUGAUGAGCCAGGCUAGCGAUGAAGAUCGCUACACACUGUCCAUGGGCAUCCUCAAAGCAAGUG